AUGGAGUUGGAAGAGGACCUCCAACAUCUGUUUUGUCAAGAAAGUCGCAGUCGUGCGACCUUCGCCCAGGACCAGAGCACCCCGGCUCUUACCAAGGCCUCCAACAACGUGGUGACGUCCGUCAAGAAGGCCCCUCUGACCAACUCCAACACAGUCCCCGGGGCCCCCAAAAGGGUGAUUGUACAGGCCUCCACCAGCGAGCUACUGCGCUGUCUAGAGUUUCUGUGCCGGCGCUGUUACAGGCUGAAGUACCUUUCCCCCACCGACCCAGUGCUGUGGCUGCGCAGCGUGGACUGCUCCCUGCUGCUCAAGGGGUGGCAGGACAAGGAGUUUAUCACCCCUGCAAACGUGGUCGUCGUCUACAUGCUGUGCCGGGACGUGGUCUCCUCCGAGGUGGCCACGGAGCACAAGCUGCAGGUCGUGCUCCUCACCUGCCUCUACCUGUCUUACUCCUACAUGGGCAACGAGAUCUCCUACCCUCUCAAGCCCUUCCUGGUGAAGAGCUCCAAGGAGAUCUUCGGUUACCGCUGCCUUUCAAUCAUCAACCUGAUGAGCGUGAAGAUGCUCCAGAUCAACUCCAACCCGCACUUCUUCAGGCAGGUGUUUGCCGACCUGAAGAACGAGAGCCAGAAGGAGGUGAAGCGGAGCCGUCUGCUCAUCGGCCUGGACCGUUGA